AUGGGUGGGUCAAUACAAAUAUUUGAUGACAUUUUGAAAGCUGAUCAAAACCUGAAGGUUGAUGUUAAAUGCAAUAGAGGCCAAACGGCUCUGCACUACGCAAUAAGAGAACGUAAAGUGGAUAUGAGUAUUUAUCUAAUUUCACAUUUUGCGGAACUGCUGAGUAGCAUCAAAAUUGAUACAGGACAGAGACCUGAAAUUCACAGAGAUACUAAAAAGCAAAUUACUCCAAGGUUUGAACCAAUCCAUUGGAUUGCGUGGAUAGGAAAUUUACAAAUUCUGGAAACUUUGAAAAGGAAAAAUGGGAAGACAAGUUUUGAUAUGGCAAAAACAACAAUAAAUGAGCUGAAUAUUUUACAUAUAGCUUGUUUGGCAAAUGAAAAUGAUUUUUGUAAACAUGUGAUGAAAAAUGAAACUCAAAUUGACAUUGAUAUAACAGAUAACUGUGGAUGGAAUGUGGCUCAUUAUGCUGCAAGAGCAAAUAACUCAGCUUUCUUCAAAAUACUAAAACAAUUUAAAAAAGAAAACCUUAUUGAAAUCCGAACCAAAUGUAAAAAAACAACUUUACAUAUUGCUUGUGAAUAUGCAAGUGAAAAAGUCGUUGAUUAUUUGCUGGAAAAUCAUAAAACACUCUUAGAUAAAACAGAUGAACUGAAAUGGAAUGCCUUGCAUUAUGCCACAAAAGGGGGAAAUCUAAGUAUUUUGAAAAAAAUAAUCCAUAACGGACUGAAUGUUGGCUCUCUCACUAAUGAAGAGAAAACUUUACUACAUGUCGCAUGUAUUCAUAAACAAGUGGACAUUUGUCGAUAUGUUGCUGAAAAAUUUGUUAAAACAAAUCAAAGUGCUCUAAUUAAUAAAAAGACAACAAAUUAUGGGUGGCUGGCUGCUCACUAUCUUGGUGUUGAAAGAAAAGGGAAUGGCAGAGAAGAAGCUAUUCUUGAUAUUCUAUAUGAUUAUAAAAUGGAUUUAAAGGAUGAGACGGAUGAUGGACACAGCAUACUUGACAUUGCUUUGGAGCAUUUUAAUGAAGGACUUGUUAACUAUAUUCUUUCAGCAAAAUACAUAGAAGCUAUGGAUAUUAGCAAGCAAAAGCUACAAAAGGCAGAAAGAGAUGCACGAAAUGAAGAAAUUAAAGCGUCUCUUAGGAGAGCUCUGGAAACCUUCAAAUGGCAUUGA